AUGACAUCCGCCCGGAAAAUCGCGCCUUAUGGCACAUGGACAAGCCCGAUCACUCCGUCGGUUGCAUGUGCUGGAGUGGUAACAUUUGCAGAACUGAUGGUCAAUCCUAAGACCAAUGACGUAUAUGUUGUUGAAAAUCGACCAGCAGAAGACGGUCGUGGUGUCAUCGUCCGUGUCAAUGGAGAAGCAAGCGUAGAUGUACUGCCCAAGGAAUUCAAUGUUCGGGCAAAAAUUCACACAUACGGGGGCGGUGCAGCGUCGAUGUACCCAGACGGUCGUAUCAUUUUCACGGACGCAAACUCAGCUGGUGUUUUCUUUCUGUCUCCUGAUGGGGACGUAGAAGAAAUCUUAACCGGAAGUGAAGCUUCUAAGAUCUAUUACGGCGACUUUAAUAGCUCGCCCGCCCAUCCAGGGUUGAUUCUCGCUAUACAAGAGCUUCAUCGCGAGGAUGGCGAAGUGGUGAAUACCAUUGCCGCUAUUGAUAUUAAAACUAGAACUAGUAAAGUUAUAGUUGAAGGUGCAGACUUCUACUCUCACCCGAAGUUCAGCCCUGACGGGAAAAACAUUUCCUGGAUGCAAUGGGACCAUCCCAAUAUGCCAUGGACUGGAAGCCAAGCUUACGUUGCGGACUGGGCCGAAGGAAAAGUCAUCAAUGCAGUUCAUGUGGCCGGAAAGUCUCUCACGUCCUCUGUCUGCCAACCGAGAUGGAGCCCCGAUGGAGCCCUGUGGUUUGUUGACGAGCCAGAAGGUAUCUGGCAGGUGUAUCGUUACCCCUUAGCUUCAAAGACUGUCGAGUAUGUUCAUAUCAAAGGAUAUGAGAAAGUCGAAAUGGGGAAAGCGGAAUGGUUUCUUGGGACUUCUACAUAUGGGUUCUUGGACCAAAAUACUCUCGUGAUUGCGAAUACUAAAGCAGGAGUUACUGGAAUCAUCACGUAUGACAUUGCUACAGACUUUGUAACAGAACUGCCACUCGAUCUCAUUCACGUGGAAUUCAACGGCAUUCAAUGCAUCUCCCCUACUUCUUUCGUUGUAACAGGCGGUACAACCAAAUCACCUUCGGCUGUGUACCUUGUCGACAUUACCAAGCCUGAAGAAAAGCAAGUCCUGAAAAGCUCGGCAACAAUCGAUAUACCCGUCGAAAUAUUAUCUCCCGCGCAAGCGAUCACCUUUCCUCGAACUCAUGGGAACGAUCUUUCCAGGCCUUCACACACAAUCUUUGUGCCUCCGCAUAACCCCUCAUAUGAAGCACCGACUGGCUCGUUACCUCCUCUCAUCAUCCAUAUCCACGGCGGACCAACCGCGCAUGUUCCGCUUACCCUCUCGUUGGAAGCACAAUACUUCACCUCGCGCGGAUAUGCAUACACGUGCGUUAACUACGCCGGCUCGACUGGUUUCGGACGUGCAUAUCGCGACGAUUUGAAUUAUAGCUGGGGUAUCAGAGAAAUUGAGGACACGCUCUCUUGUAUCGACUAUCUCGCAUCACAGAAUCUCAUCGACCGAAACCACGUGGCGAUUAGAGGAGGAAGUUCAGGCGGCUAUACAGUUCUCCAAGCCCUUGUAACUCAUCCCCGUGCAUUCGCCGCAGGCUGCUCUCUUUUCGGCGUAGGAAACCUGAAGAGACUCGUCGAGAUGACGCAUAAAUUUGAAUCGCGUUAUGUGUUGAAUCUGCUCUUUCCUUCGGAUACCUCUGAGAAGAGAAAGGAAGAGAUAUACAGAGAAAGAAGUCCCUGUUUCCAUGCAGAGAAGAUUGAGACCCCGGUAGUGUUAUUCCAGGGAUCUGAGGAUCCUGUUGUUCCGUUGCAACAGGCAGUUGAGAUGGAGAAAGUAAUGAACGAAGGCGGAAAGGAUGUUACGCUGAUUAUUUUUGAGGGCGAGGGGCACGGAUUUAAGAAAGAGGAAAAUCUAAAGAGGCGAAUUGAAGACGAAGAGUCUCUCUAUAAGAGGACAUUGAUUGCUUGA